AUGCUCCAUAAGCUCCAGAUAGACGUGGAUAACGCGGUAGGAGAAGUCAGGAGAAGAAGAGGAGCCGGUGAUGGUGAUGAAGAGGGGAUGGACGGAGAUGACGGAGACUCGGUCAAUCUGAACGGACGGCCUCAAGAGCCAGACUUCAUGUAUGAGUAUACACCGGACGGUGCCUAUCGGGAGGAUGGCUUGGACAUAGAAGACGGCGAAGAUGGUGCAGAAGCUGUAGAAUAUGACGAAGGAGAAUUAUAUGUACAGCCGACUAUCCAACCAACUGCCGAGGGGCUACCUGGUCGUCUUGGGCAGCCACAAAUCUACCACGAUUCACAAAGCCUGGAACGUCUAGUUGAAGCACGGGCCCUUUUAACGAAUAAUUUCCCAGUUCAACAUGCCCCUGUUGUCAAGCCUCAUGAGGCCAGAGGCCAUUCGAUACCGGCUAAGACGAUCUACUUGUAUCCUGACGUCGACAACGGGCCGAUGUCUGGAUCCAGAAGCGGAGUUGGAUUGCCAAUACGAAUGACUGUCCAUCCACGGCGCUAUCGAAACCUGGAGGCUCUGCUUUCCGACUCGACGGACCGCAUGCCUGGACUGACCUACGGAGCCAGGGCCAUUUACAGUCCACGAAGUGGAGCUCAGAUUCGAGACAUCGACGAACUCGUGCAUCAGGGACAUUACAUCUGCAGUGACAGACUGGAUCGGCCACGCCUGUUCAACUAUCAGACAGAGCCAGGUCAGUACUUGAGGACCGUCAAUCCAUCGGAGAGAAUGGCACCACGUGGUGACUGGCUCGUCGUAAAAUCGCCAUCAACUGGCCGACGAAACUACAAUAUUGCCUCGAGGACGGAGAAAGCAAAGCGCAGUGCCUCAGAGGAGAAUAGAGGGGGAACUAGGAUGAGCCGGCGGCAACAGGCGCUGGCGUGGCGGACACAAGACGAAGAAGAAGAUCUCUCAAACUUUAGAAGGCGAAAUGAACACGAGGCCAGGAUCACAGAUGCUGGAGAGCAGAUUGAAGAGAGUAGAAGAAGAGUGAGACAAAACAACAGAGACUGGCUAUCGCUUACUAGAAAGGGGGCAAAUACUCAAGUAAGUAUUAUUACAAGGUAA